UAGAAACGCUGAACGAAGAAGGAAAUGGAGGUAUACUUGCUUGUACCUCUCUUGUUCUUGUUGUCAUUCCAUGGUGUCGUUGAAUCUCGAGUGUUCCUUAAGACAAGUAACAGCGCAUACCUGACCAAGGACGAACUGUGGUUCAAUCAAACACUCGAUCACUUCUCCCCAUACGAUCACCGUCAGUUUAGACAGCGGUACUAUGAAUUUUUUGACUACUUCCAAGCUCCUGAUGGACCUAUAUUUUUGAAGAUCUGUGGUGAAGCCUCAUGCGAUGGAAUUUCAAAUGACUAUAUCAGUGUCUUGGCAAAGAAGUUUGGUGCUGCUGUGUUAUCUCUUGAACAUCGAUAUUAUGGGAAGAGUUCACCUUUCAACUCACUGUCAACAGAAAAUCUAAGAUAUCUUUCGUCAAAGCAGGCUCUUUUUGAUUUGGCUGAUUUCCGUCAAUAUUAUCAGGAAUACUUGAAUAUGAAGCUCAAUCAAUCAAAUGUUGAGAACAGAUGGUUUGUUUUUGGUGUUUCUUACUCUGGGGCUCUUAGUGCUUGGUUCCGUUUAAAAUUCCCUCACUUAACAUGUGGAAGCCUUGCAAGUUCUGCAGUUGUUCUUGCUGUUUACAACUUUACUGAUUUUGAUAAACAGAUUGGAGAGUCAGCUGGUGCUGACUGUAAAGCUGCAUUACAAGAAGUUACUAAACUUGUAGAUGAAAAGCUUGUGUCUGAAGGAAAAGCAGUAAAAACUUUGUUUGGUGCAGCUGAGCUUAAAAUCGAUGGUGAUUUUCUUUUCUUUCUGGCAGAUGCUGCAGUCAUAGCGUUUCAAUAUGGGAAUCCGGAUAUUCUAUGUUCCCCUCUUGUUGAAGCGAAGAAAGAUGGAAAGAACUUGGUGGAUGCAUAUGCCAACUAUGUGAAAAACUAUUACCUUGGUAAAUUUGGAGUUGAAGUUCAAACAUAUGAUCAACAAUUCUUGAAGAACACAUCUAUCAGUGAAGGCAGUGAAUCUAGACUAUGGUGGUUCCAGGUUUGCACUGAAGUUGCUUAUUUCCAGGUGGCACCUUCCAAUGAUAGUAUUCGCUCUUCAAUGGUUGACACGAGAUACCAUUUGGACCUCUGUAAGAAUGUCUUUGGAGAGGGCAUCUAUCCUGAUGUGGACGCAACGAACAUAUAUUAUGGAGGCACAGGCAUUGCUGGUUCAAAGAUAGUGUUCUCAAAUGGCUCACAGGACCCCUGGCGACAUGCAUCCAAGCAGACUUCCUCUCCAGAUAUGCCUUCUUACAUCAUCACAUGUCAUAAUUGCGGUCAUGGAACUGAUCUCAGAGGAUGCCCCCAAUCUCCUUUAAAUAUUGAAGGUGAUGACCAACACUGCAGCUCUCCAGAGGCCGUACACAAAGUGAGACAGCAGAUCAUUGACCAUAUAGACUUGUGGCUUUCUCAGUGUCAAGCCACAGGGAGGAGUUACCUCUGAUGGAUCUACGGUAGAUUUAUCUACAUUUGAAAGAUGGUUAUAACUUAUGAAAAUGAUCUACAUCACAGACUUGCUUCUGA